UUGCAUGUACUGUAUGUGGAGCAGCGUACAGUGGAGCGGAGGCAGCGCGGCUCCGGGGCUCCUCUCACUUUCCCAUGGAGCAGCCCUGACCGGCCGCGAGGGCAGCCGCACGCCCUCUCGCCGCGAGCCCCGAGGUCACUAUCAUAUGACAGAGGCUUUGCUGCAGUUCAUCUUCCUCGCUGUGUACUUUCCAUUUACCCUCCUGGAAUCCUGCUGCAUCACAGAAGCUGGAAGUUCUGAUGUUCCAUUGAAACACAAUGGAAAGUCUUGACUUGACUGGGCACAGUAAUGAAAGGCAGUAAUAGAAAUAAAGAUCACUCAGCAGAAGGAGAAGGGGCUGGAAAACGACCAAAAAGAAAGUGUCUUCAGUGGCAUCCAUUGCUAGCAAAGAAACUUCUUGACUUUUCGGAAGAGGAGGAAGAGGAGGACGAAGAGGAGGAUAUUGAUAAAGUUCAACUUCUUGGGCCCGAUGGCCUAGAACAAGAUGUUGGUGAGGCGGAAGAUGAUGAAUCACCAGAACAGAGAGCCCGGAGACCAAUGAAUGCAUUUCUUUUGUUUUGCAAACGCCAUCGCUCCCUUGUCCGUCAAGAACAUCCCAGGCUUGAUAACCGAGGUGCUACCAAGAUACUAGCUGAUUGGUGGGCUGUUCUCGAUCCAAAGGAAAAACAGAAGUAUACAGACAUGGCCAAGGAGUAUAAAGAUGCAUUUAUGAAAGCAAAUCCUGGCUACAAAUGGUGUCCUACCACGAACAAGCCUGUGAAAUCACCAACUCCCACUGUCAAUUCUCGAAAGAAACUGUGGGCCUUCCCCUCUGACUCUUCAAGAGAUUUACCAAGCCCCAAGAAGGCAAAGACUGAAGAAAUGCCUCAGCUUAACUUUGGCAUGGCUGACCCUACUCAGAUGGGAGGCCUGAGCAUGCUGCUGCUGGCUGGAGAGCAUGCCCUUGGCGCGCCAGAGAUAUCCUCGGGGGCCUGCAGGCCUGAUGUUCCCGAGUCUCCAGAACUGCGUCAGAAGUCACCACUGUUCCAGUUUGCUGAGAUAUCUUCAAGCGCAUCCCACCCUGAUGCUCCUACAAAACAGUGUCAGGCAUCGGCCUUGUUUCAGUUCGCAGAGAUCUCUUCAAACACUUCGAAGCUGGGUGGUGCUGAGCCUGUAAAACGCUGUGGGAAGUCUGCACUCUUCCAGCUGGCAGAGAUGUGCCUGGCGUCAGAGGGGGUGAAAAUGGAAGAAACAAAACUAAUAAAGGCAAAAGAAGCAGACAGUGAAAGAAUUAAGGAGUUGGAGAAGGGAAAGGAAGAAAGAGAAACAAAAGCAGAGAAAACAGAUGCACCUGGGUUGCAGGAGGGGGAAGAAUUUGAAAAACCAGCCAAGGAAAAUGUACGAGAGUCCAAGGAACUGAGAAAUUUUGAAGAGCUGCAAAUGGAUGAUGUAAUGGCUAUAAAAGUGGAAGACGCCAAAGAAAUUAAAAAGGAAGAAUUUGAGGAAGAUCAAAAAUACAGUCAUUUCCCUGAUUUUUCUUACUCUGCUAGUAGCAAGAUAAUAAUUAGUGAUGUUCCCAGUCGAAAGGAUCACAUGUGCCAUCCUCAUGGAAUUAUGAUCAUUGAGGAUCCCACUGCAUUAAACAAACCAGAAAAGCUAAAAAAGAAGAAAAAGAAAAGCAAAAUGGAUCGACAUGGCAAUGAUAAGUCCACACCUAAGAAGACGUGCAAAAAGAGGCAGUCUUCAGAAUCAGACAUCGAAAGUGUCAUAUACACCAUUGAAGCCGUCGCAAAAGGAGACUGGGGUGUUGACAAACUUGGAGAAACACCCCGAAAGAAGAUCCGCACAUCUUCGAGUGGCAAGGGAGGCCUCUUGGAUGCCAAGCCACCAAAGAAAAAAGUGAAAUCAAGAGAGAAGAAAAUGUCAAAGGAGAAGUCCUCAGACAUUACCAAAGAGUCAAGACCUCCAGAUUUCAUUAGUAUUGCUGCCAGCAAGAACAUUUCCGGUGAGGUGCCUGAGGGCAUAAAAGCAGAGCCCCUGACCCCCACGGAGGAUGCACUCCCACCCAGCCUAUCAGGACAGGCCAAGCCUGAGGACAGUGACUGCCACAGAAAAAUAGAAACCUGUGGCUCCAGGAAAUCUGAGAGGUCUUGCAAAGGUGCUCUUUAUAAAACCCUGGUGUCUGAGGGCAUGCUCACCUCUCUGCGAGCGAAUGUGGACAGAGGUAAACGAAGCUCGGGAAAAGGAAACUCCUCUGAUCAUGAAGGGUGUUGGGGUGAAGAAAGCUGGACAUUUAACCAGUGUGGGACCAGUGGGAACAAGAAGUUCAAGAAAACAAAGCCGAAAGAAGACUCUCUCCUUGGCUCAGCAAAGCUGGAUGAAGAAUUUGAAAAGAAAUUCAGCAGCCUUCCUCAAUAUAGCCCUGUUACUUUCGACCGGAAAUGUGCACCUGUCCCAAGAAAAAAGAAGAAGACUGGGAAUGCGUCCUCAGAACUGACUAGAACCAGCAAAGGUCCUUUCCAGUCUCAGAAAAAGAACUUAUUCCACAAAAUUGUCAGCAAAUAUAAGCACAAAAAGGAGAAGCCUAAUGUUCCAGAACAAGGAAAUGGGGAUAAAUGGUCAAACAAGCAACUGUUCUUGGAUGCCAUUCACCCUACAGAAGCCAUAUUUUCAGAAGACAAAAACACCACAGAGCCUGCUUAUAAGGUUAAAAAUGCCCUGUCCAUUCCCAACACUCCAGAACCAACAGCGCAAGAACCUUUGGUGGGCAGCCAAAAGAGAAAAGCGAGGAAAACCAAGAUCACACACCUUGUCAGGACAGCAGAUGGCCGAGUGUCACCCGCAGGAGGUGCUUUGGAUGACAAACCAAAGGAGCAACUGCAGAGGAGUCUCCCUAAAGCGAGCGAGACAGAUUGCAGUGACGAGUGCGCACACGCCGCCGAGAUGGAGGACGUGCGCAGCCGCACUCCGGAAAUGCCCGCUGUGUCGGCCUUCUUCAGCCUCGCUGCCCUGGCCGAAGUGGCGGCCAUGGAGAAUGCGCACAGAGGUCAGAGAUCAACCCCACUCACGCACGACGGACAGCCAAAAGAAAUGCCGCAGGCUCCCGUACUUAUUUCUUGCGCUGACCAGUGAAGCGCCCUUUAAUUGUAAAACAUUGUGCUUUACCUACUACCCUAGCCUUGUCUUUACCAAGGGAUGCCUGUGAGUCCAAAUGGUGGAAAAUACAAACUGCACACAAGUGCUUGUUGCCCUGCGCGGCCCAGAUUCACUUGAAGCGGAAGUUAGCGUCCUGGGCCAGUUUGUUCUUUCAGAACCCAGAAUCUUUGAGGUUGUUGUCGUCUUUCUGAUACUGAGCAGGAACAGAAUGAGUCUGCAGCUUUGCUUUCCACUGAAGGCUUUUGCCGGUAAACGGUGGUAACCUGGUAAAAGACUGCCUUUACUGUGUAGCUCAUCCAGCACCUCUUUUACCAACCAGAGAGUGGGAAACUAGUUUCAUAUAUUGCCUAGUUAUUCUUUCAAAACAAAACAAAACAAAAAAAACUGACGCACUGCACUAGUUAUUAUUAGAUAUUCUUAGUCUUUUUUGUACAUGGAGAUUUAAGUUCUAAGAUGGUUUAUAUAAUAGGUUAUACCUACAUUUAUAUUGUAGAAUAAAUAUUAAAAAGCCUGUUCCCAAGACUCCCAAGCAGCAUGGGCAGGCAGACGUACCAUUGUUAGCGGUGUAUGCUCGGCCUCGUGGUCCAUGUAUUCUGCACUUUUAUAUUGGCCACCAGAGUGGUAGUUUGCUGGCAAAAAGAGAGAGAGACAGAGAGAGAGAGAGACAGAGAGAGAGAGAGAAAAUUUACAAUUCUUACAAUCUGAAUUUUUUUUUCUUAGCCUUGAGUGACCAAGAAGAAUUUGCUCGGGGCAAAUUGUGGCAAAUAUUUUCCCAGACAGGGAAGAGUCCUGCAGAUCACAGAUGACUAAUGCUUUCAUGCCUUGAGGAUUCUUUUAUUUUUACACAGUGGUCUAAGUGACCAAUGGAUCGUUCAUACAAACAAACAAAAAAGACAAAAAUAUUAUUCAGAAGUGACCUUAGUAUUACUUCACUAUCCUAAACACAUUGAAGACACUCACUUCAUGUGGACUUGGAGCUCCAGACCUUUUACAUCCAUCACGGACAGAGUGGACGGGUUGCAAUCGCUAUGCACAGCCUAGUUGGCGCUGCAGGUCUUGAGAGCCAUUUCAGGUUGGUGUGGAGCAGGAGGUACAGAGUCAGUGACGAGGGAGGUGUGCUGCCGGGGCCUCUCAGCUGUAGAUCCACCUGCAAGGUUCUGUUUCCUUUUUGUGUUUUGUUGCUUUUAAACAUAAAAUCAACCGUACAUACGCCAGUGCCAAGUGGAUUAACUGGCUUAGAACAUUCAACAUAUUGACUUAAACCACCUGACGUUCACAGUGUCUUGUUUCCUAGCAACAGAUGCAAAGUGAUAAAUCAAAAUUAGUCUGAGGCUACAGAUUUUACAGGGUAUUUGUUCCAUAGCACAAAGUAUUUCCCCACUCUUGCAUCAGCACAAACUACCAAAUUUUAAUUCUUAGAUUCCAGCAAUAAUUUUUAAUGGUUUUCAAACUGGCAGAGUUUUGAUAGUGCUAGUUCAAGUUUGAAGCUUUUGAAUUAGAUCUCUAAAUGGUGACAGUUUACAUGGUUUUAUCUAGCUUUCUUAUUUAUACUUGACUGAAUUGUAAUGAUGAUUUUUUUCUAAUUGUAAUUUGACCUAAUAGCCAUAUAAAAAAUGACUCUAUUAAUACUGACUAGGUUUAGCCUCUCAUGGUUGUAGAUAUUACUUCAGUUUCGGUGCUGGAAAAUAUGUACAACAUACUAACAAGAUUGAAAAACUACAGAGAUGGUUUCAUUUUUAUCCCCCAAAAGCAGGUAAAAGAGGGCAGCAAGGGGAUGUCCUCAAAAAUGCAUACUCAUUCUGAGGAUGGAGGAAGUAGGAAUUAGUAAAAGGUUAAUCAGUGGUUAUAGCUUAAUCCCAUUCGCUUAGAAGUAAAUCAAGUGAACAGCCCCAGAUUUUAGCGUACUUUUAAUAUGAUGCUGUUUUAUUAAUAUUUUCUAAAUUCCAAAACAAAAAAGUGAAUGUUUAAAAAUUGCUGGGUCCUGAUGUUGGUGGCUGUUGGAGUUUUGGACCACUUGCUAGCAGUGAUUUUAAAAUUAUAAUUAACUAACCAUUUUUUAAAAGCCAGAGACAAAGAACCAACAACAAAAAUUGUAUGGUGCAGAACAUGCAUCUUGACAAUGGUACUAACUUGUUACUCUAGCGGACAUGUUAGAAUAGGUCUAUUUUUGCCAGAGCUACCCCUUCAGUCCUCCGGUCACAUUUCACUAGAGUUCCUUACGAGAUUGCUGUACAUUCAUGGGACCUUUUUUUAAAAAGAAGAAAAACAAAAAGUUACUUUUUUCUAUGUGAUUAAUACCUUACUUGAUCUGCUUUUCCUAAACCUCAGUGGCUUUUCCCUUAGGUAGGGGUGCGGGUGGGAGGGCAACUUCCUGGAUAUGACUGUUUUCAGAUACUUUAAAACAAACCUUUUUGUAGAAAUGCUUAAUUUUUAAGCAGUUAGGCACAGAGAGUAGCAGAAAUCCUGCAAAGCUUUAUAGCUCUUUAGGCACGCGCCCUGUCUUUUCUCUGAGUGAAGUUUUUAUUUCAGUAAUAGUGCUUCUCGUGCCCUGAAUCUGCUGGAGAAGGGGGUGUUGGUAUUUUCAGGUAACAUUUGUUAGCACAAAUAUUUCAGACCAAUAUAUAGCACUCCCCGAUUAUCAUUUUCAUUUCAUUUUUCUCGUUCUUUCUUAUUUUGGAAAAUCAUAUUGCUACAGUGUGUAUUUUAAUCUGCCAGCAAACAUCAUGUACACUAACAUUUGUCCCACAGCACCCUCAAGAAAAAUGUUGUUGCACCUUAUGUAUAUCUCAAGCAAACCAAAAUGCGAUGCUCUUCUGCUUUGUUUUAUUCUAAAUUGUUGUAUCAUAUCUUUCUGAAACCAUUCUGAAUUUAGUUGAAAUUAUCAAUAUUUAUGCUUUUAACCUUAACUUCUGGAUUCAAACCUGUAUAUAAAUCUUUUGAAAAAAGUUGUCCUAGCCCUUCUCUGCAAUGCUAGAAGUGAAAGAUUUCGUCUCAGAUGGAGACGUAGUAUUGUUCCAGUUUUCUUUAGCCUUUUUUAUUUAUUUAGUUAUUCUGGGUAUUUCCUAUGUAAUUUUGAAGCGUGUAGAGUAUAUUAUAGUAACUGAAACUGCAGCUCUAAGAAGCUGAGUGAAAGAAAAAAAAUACUGUAAGACAUCCUUGAAGUUUUUGUUUGUUUGGGUACUGUAUAUGAUACUGGGAAAGGAAAAAUGGCCCACAGCCACAUUGGAAAUACAGGUUCUUGUCCCAAAAUUAAGUUAGUUCCCAGAUUUAGGCCAAAACUAUUUAACUGACUAAACCUUUUCUGAAGGAUAAAUUAUACCAUUGGAAUUCUGACCAUCUUUUUUCCCGUAAGAUGAGAAAUUAUUCCUUAAUUCUGUUACAUGCGUUCCCAAAGCCGUGCUGAAAUAACGCUCAUCUAGUUCCUCCCAUCUAGUUCCUGCCAUUUUCAACCACCUGCUGGAGGAAGAAAUAGUGAUGGAACACUGUGAACAAAAAGAUGCAUCUGAAGUGGUCUGCUUGUUUAGAACCCAACAUCUUCAAUCCCUGGCGUUUUCUUACGAAGUCAGAUGCUAUUCUAAGUCAGAAAAGUCUAUUUUGCACUCUGCAGUAUUUGGCCAUUGUAUGGAAGCGUUUGCACCUGUGUAAACUCUCAAGCAAAUUAUAAAUUGCUAUAGACAGGAGUUAGCGAAAACUGAAUGACAUGUUUUGUUUGUGGGGUGGGCUGGGGCGGGUUAGGGAAUACUAAAUAGCUCUGUUCCAAGCUUGGCAUUUGGCAUUAAUGUGAAGCAGUGGAACCAUGCUGCCUGCUAAACUACUGUACGAAUCGUGUUCCGAAGACCAGCAGCUGGAGGCUGGACGACAGUGUCCACACGGCGAGGAGAGGCACCACCGCUGCAUCGGAGACAAGGGCGUCAGAAGGCCAGGAGUCAUCAUUCGUGAAGGGAGAUUGGGGUGUACAUGAUGUUGUUGAGGAAUUCACUUUGAUUGCACUGCCCCACAGAGUCCUCAUAUAAGGCCAAUCUCAAUGGGCUACCUCGGCUUUCAAAGUUAAUUUCAGUAAGUCCUGUUUCAAAACUUUGUCUUUUUUUUUUUUUUGCUUCUACUUGAGUGCCACUAUUUUCCACAGCAGUGUUUUGACGUUACAUACUGCUUUCUCCAGAGAGAACAUCGUGCUGCUGAACGUGGGCAGUAGAAGCAAAUGCUGUUAUUACAUUUGCCCUGUAAAGUAUUCAGAGUAACCGCUAGGUGGAAAUUAAACUUUAGCUGUUCUCCACAUAGGUCCUUGUCUUGCACCUUAUACAAAGUGUACUAAUUGUUAAUUAGAUGUUGCUUUUGUCUAUACAAGCAUUCCCAAAGAAUUAGAUUUGAAUUUUGUUGUAUUUGAGUUUGGGGAUUUUAUAAACUACUUUAUUUAGAUUUACUAACAGCAUAUGUAUAAUGAAAAAAAAAGGCAGUUUUUCAUUUCAUCUUACCAGAUGUGUCUGGUGAAGUAUUCAGGGUUUGAUGGACUGCUUUUCUUUAACUUGGAAGUGAUCGCGUUUAUUAUGCUCCAUAUUAAAUGGUUUUGUCCUUUUCACGGGGGACAUUAUCUUCAUAUGUUUCAGAACAAAGAAGAGUGAAUAACAAGACGUAUACAUUUGACUUACACAUCCCCACCUGUCUGUGUAAUGCUUCCUUCAAAUAUAUAAAUACGCGUUUUCUUUUUAAAAAAAUUAUUUUUCUGGCCAAAUUUUAUCUCUGGUGGUGUCAUUUAUACUAAGAAGUUGAGAGAAGGAACCUUGUAGUUAAAAGUCCUGUGGCCACUGGUUCUCUUUGUUGCUUCCGUCAGUCAGUGGUCUAAAGCAAUCAUACCCUGAAACUGAUUUUUCUACACAGAACUAGUUAUCCUGAACAUUACUCCUCCUUCCAAAGAUUUCCUGAAAACUUGGGCCAGAACCGGUUACUGAGUAACAAGGAUCUAAUUAAAUGCCUCUAAACCCUUCCACCCACAAUGCAAAUCUUACCUCACAAGCUCUUACCUGAAUCACAGAGAUAAGCAUGUUUCAUGAAUUAUCACUGAUUCUCUUCGUGGCCCACCACGGUGGGCUCAAGUCCCCUCACACUAGUGCCUGGCUCGGAGAGUAGCAGAACCGAGGGUAGGGAAGGUGUGAGAUCUAGAGCUCAGUAACUUGCUUGAGAGCACUUUUUGUUUCACUAUAAACAAGUCUCUUACUCUCAGGAAUUUGUCCAAAAAAAAAAAGAAAAACCACCUGAGAUUCCACACACUCGAUUCUGAACUUUUCUCACAGGUUUGCAUUGCUUACUCAGAUGUCAUAAAUUAACAGAGUUUCGUUUGACCACCAGGUCUUAAGUCUGUUGACAGUUUCAGCAUGACUGAAUCGCUCUUUUUUUUCUUUCAGAAAUUGGCUUGGUUCUCUUUAGAGUUGGUGUAAACAUGCCAUGUAAUAAAUGAUUUCCACUUAAUGGUACAACAGAAUAUUGCUUUCUUAGAUGUAUGUGUAGUACAAGUCAAUAUACACAUUUAUAUCAUUUCUUUCUUCAAAAUCUUAUACCUAAUUUGAUAUUUCUAAAAAUUGCACAUGUAAGUCAUGUGUAUAACAUGCUAAAGUACUUUAACUGUGAUCUUAAAACUGAAUAAAAAUAUUUAAUAAAAAUUUGAAAUAUUUUAAAGAUA